CAGAGUUCGCGAUCUACAGAUGUCAUAAACUGGGGUUAAUGGUGAUACUGCAUCAUCAUCCCAGGCCCUGUCAAUAGUCAACUACCUUACUAUAUCUACAAAGCGGCUUGCAAUUAGUUACGUUGAGUAGCUAUAGAAAGUCUUCCUGUGCACAGCCACAAUGGGUGUUCAAGGGAAAAAUGUAGAAGCUAUGGAGGUUGAAAUCACAAACCCAGAGGCUACCAAUGGGGAAGGAGAAGCCAGUGAAAAGAAGGAUGUUGACCUUGUGACAAUUCACGACCUCAGAGAACACACAAGACAAAUAGAAAAAGCUGUGGCAAACAAAGAGCCAAGAUUCAUCUUGAGAGCAUUAAGAGCAUUACCAUGUACGAGACGUAGAUUAAAUCCCGUUGUUCUGCGUGGUAUUAUUGGUGGAUUUUAUACAAAGUCUUCACCAGAUAAAGAAGCUCUUUUAGCAUGGGUUGAAGAACCAAUGGAUACCGAAAGCACACAAGCUGCUAUUCAAAGGUUUAAAAGCUCUGCAGCUCCUUUGUUACCAGAAAUCGAUGCCUAUAUCCACUUGCUGGUUCUUGUACGACUCAUUGAUACUAAAAAGUACAAUGAAGCAGUGCAGUGCUCUGAAGCUCUUAUCCAAAAAAUCAUGGCUCAAAAUCGUAGAACAAUAGAUUUGAUAGCUGCCAAGUGCUUCUUUUACCAUUCGAGAGCUUACGAGCUCACUAAUCAGUUAGACAAAAUCAGAGGUUUCUUGCAUUUGAGACUGCGUACAGCAACUCUUCGUAAUGAUUUUGAAGGCCAAGCUGUAUUAAUCAAUUGUCUGCUCAGAAACUAUCUGCAUUACAAUCUUUAUGACCAAGCUGAUAAAUUGGUUCUAAAAUCAACUUUCCCAGAAACUGCAAGUAACAAUGAAUGGGCUCGCUUUUUAUAUUAUUUGGGUAGAAUUAAAUCAGCAAGAUUAGAGUACUCUGCUGCACAUAAAUAUUUGGUCCAAGCAUUGCGCAAGGCACCACAGACUGCAGCAGUUGGAUUUAGACAGACUGUGCAGAAACUUGCUGUCACUGUGGAACUUCUGUUGGGUGACAUACCUGAACGGCAAAUUUUUCGACAGGCAGCUUUGAGAAGAGCUUUAGCUCCAUACUUCCAGCUUACUCAAGCUGUUAGAUUAGGUAACUUGCAACGUUUUGGAGAAGUUUUGGAGAACUUUGGACCUCAGUUCAGGUCGGAUUAUACCUUUACUCUGAUUUUAAGAUUGAGACACAAUGUUAUCAAGACGGCAAUUCGUUCUAUUGGCCUUUCGUACUCACGCAUUUCACCAACAGAUAUUGCUCGAAAAUUGGGAUUAGAUUCUGGAGUAGACGCAGAAUUCAUAGUGGCAAAGGCUAUUCGCGAUGGUGUCAUCGAGGCUACUCUUGAUCCAGAAAAUGGAUACAUGAGAAGCAAAGAAACAACUGACAUCUACUGCACCAGAGAGCCUUUGCUUGCUUUCCACCAGAGAAUCACGUUCUGUUUGGAUUUGCAUAAUCAGAGUGUCAAGGCUAUGAGAUAUCCACCAAAAUCUUAUGGUAAAGAUCUUGAAUCAGCAGAAGAACGCAGAGAAAGAGAACAGCAGGAUUUAGAAUUGGCAAAAGAAAUGGCUGAAGAAGAUGAUGAUGGUUUCCCUUAAACUGAUCAACCUACAUAUUAUUCUAAUUGCACUACUAUACGAAAAUUUUAUUACUUAUUUGCUGUAAUUGUUGCAUACUAAUAUUAAUUGAGUAUUUUUUUGAAGUUCACUAAAUAAACUUUUAAAAUACC